GGGCGGCACCUCCACUACACCUUACACCAAGGAAGAGGAGGAGAAGAUGGCCGUCAUUCUGAGGGAAAGGAAAGAGAAGAAAGAAGCCAAGAAAAAGGCCCUACAGGAGGAGCAGGCGGCAAAGUUGAAAAAGAUAGAGGAGGAGAUGGCCAGGGAGAAGGAAAGGUUGAAGAAAGAAGAAGAAGCGAAGCUGAAGGAGGUGGAAGAAGAAGAGGAGGAAGAUGAUCAGCCACUGGAGAAGAAGAGAGCAACGAGGGCAGUACAGUGGCAACAAGAGCGAGGAGAUGGAGAAGAGGAUCUCAGAAUGGGUCGCCAACUUAUCCUUGGGGGAAGAAGAAGAGGUAGCCAUGUACAUCCCCAAGGAUGAGCAGGAAGCCGCUAUGAAGGAGUGGGAAGCAGAAGGAGAUGCUCAGAAGCGGCAGGUGAUGGAAGAUGAGAAGAGGAUGGAAUGGAAGUUAAGGAUGAUGAGGCAGAAGAAGAAGAGGGUGGACGCGGCGAGUGAAGCGGUCAAAGAUCUAGAGGAGGUGCAAAAAAUGACUCUACAAUUGACCCCUCAGGUAGACCUCCAACAAAAGGAACGACAAUAUGAGUUUAGUCGAAGUCAGGAUAUGGCCGUGCGCUCGAUGCGAAUGGGGUUUCGAGAUUUUGCCCGUGAACUGGUAGGCGCAGUUGGGGCCGAGGUGAACCAUCGCCUCGAGAAGACCGAACGAUUCUGCGUUGGCGCCAUUAAAGGUGUCAAGGCGACAGCUCCCAAGGAAGGAGAGGCACGUCCUCGUAGGGAGCCAGUCAAAGUUAAGUUCCCCGAUUCCUACAGUGGAAAGAGGGAAGAAAACUUUGACAAUUGGGAGGCCAAUGUCAAGACCUAUGUGCAUCUGCAACAGGUCUCCCCAGAUCAGCACGUGUUGAUUGCGAUUCAUGCGCUUAGAGAUGAAGCCGCCAGUUUCACGAGGUCCCUAGUCCGCGCUGCCAACUGCAAUGAAGAUGCAGUUGCGUACUCCACAUUCACCCCCCUCGCCGAGUUUAUGAAAUUGCUGCGCGAGCGAUUUGCUGAUGUCGCUCGUAGUGUCAAAGCCUCAGAUAAACUCCAAACAAUCCAUUCUCGUAAGUGGAAGAGCGCCAAGGCACUUAAGAGCACCAUGGACGAAUUAGUGGCUGUACUUGACCACGGGGUCAUAGACACCCAGUUGGUCGGCCUCUUCUAUCGGGCUUUGCCUGAAGCCUUUCGAGGGCAUUUCUUCGCAAAGAGCGACGAUCCUGCCACCACGUAUGAUUCCCUUAGCCGUGAAGUGGUGGCUUUUGAGGCAAAGUCGGUGUCAAUUUCUACAUUCUGGCACAAAGACGUAGGCAGAGGGAAGCAGUGGAAAGGCUGCACUAUCUCAGGGCAAGUUAAGACUAAGGAUAGUCUUGACCUGACCUUAGACGAAGGUAGCGUCGACGAGAUCCCCUACGAACAGAUUGAAUGGGGGUUAGAGGAUGAGGACAGCGGUGCGAGUCAGGGGAGAACUUACGCAGCUGUCGCGGCUGGAGGGAGGCCGCAAGGAGGAGGACGAGGCCAGGGCCAAGGGGGCCGGGCCUCAGGGAGCCGGUUUCAGGGUGAUCAGGGGGUUGGCGGUAGAGGAGGAAACCGCCAAGCGGGAGGAAGGGGUCAAGGCCGGUGUCUAGAUCGUUGUCCAGAGACUGCUUGUGUAAGAGUCUCUCUAGACACCUCCCUCACAGGCGUGGCUGAAGAAUUGAAGGAGAGGAUGCCCGCCUGGGCCAAGAUGAAGAAGGAGAAUAAAGGGCAGCUUAUAUUAGUAGAUACAGAAAUAUUUAGAGGACGAGCAGGCACCUUAGUGGAUAGUGGAGCCACUCGUAGUUAUAUUAGUAGGAAGGCGCUACAGAAGUUGAGGUUGCAGUUAAAGGUCCAAAGAUUAGCAGACCCUAUAGUAAGUAUCCUCGCAGACAACCGCACCAUGCGGGUAGAGGAAUACGUAGAGGGAGUCCAGGUGUAUUUCCGCCUAGAAAAGGAUGGGAAAGUGGAGAAGGUUCUGCAUUCCCUGACUCUCCUCGUAGAGGACAGCCUCUCGUUUGACGUAGUCCUAGGUAUGGACUGGGGAGAAGCAGCAUGGGCCACACUCCACUUGAGAGAGCACGAGUGUAGGCUCCCUAGCCCGUCAGGCGGUGUCAAGACUGCCCGUCUGUUCCAUGUGUCAGGGGUAGACAACCCCCUGGCGCAUUGCUGCCUUAGUGCUCCUGCGUUUGCAAGGCUAGUCAAAAAGGAGCAGCUAGAGGAGCAGGUCUUUGUGGCCUAUGUUAGGCCAAUUACUGAGCCUAAGGAAGAGGCACGUAUAGACCAUGCGAUUGCGAAGCUGCUGGAGGAGUUUAAAGAUUUAACUGAGCUGCCGACAGGAGUAGUACCGCGGCCUAUCCAGCACCGCAUUGACAUUGAGCCUGGCAGCAGAACUCCCAAAGGAGCCGUGUAUAGGAUGUCCCCGCGGGAGGAGCUUCGCAAGCAAUUAGACGAGCUCCUUGAGAAGGGUUGGAUUAGGCCCAGUUCGUCUCCUUUUGGAGCGCCUGUUCUCUUUGUCCCCAAAAAGCAGGGAGAGUUGAGGAUGUGUAUAGACUAUAGGGGUCUGAAUGCUGUUACAGUGAAGAAUGUUGAGCCACUGCCUAGGAUAGACGAUCUCUUGGAUCGAGUGCAGGGGGCAAAGUACUUCUCCAAGAUAGAUUUGAAGUCCGGAUACUAUCAGAUAGAGGUGCAUCCUGAUGAUCAAUAUAAGACAGCCUUCCGGACUAGAUAUGGGCACUAUGAGUUCAUAGUGAUGCCCUUUGGACUAACCAAUGCGCCAGCGACGUUCCAGCGCUGUAUGAACGACUUGUUUAGGCCAUGGUUAGAUAGAUUUGUUGUUGUCUACUUAGAUGAUAUUUUAGUGUUUAGCAAGACCCUCCAAGAACAUCAAGGUCAUCUCAGGCAGGUCUUGGAGAAGCUGAGAGAAGCUAACUUCAAGAUCAAUGCAAAGAAGUGCGAUUGGGCGAAGACCCAAGUUUUAUAUUUAGGCCACGUCUUAGACGGAGACGGCGUUAAGCCAGAAGACUGUAAAAUCGCAGCGAUUCGAGAUUGGCCCACGCCGCGUACGCUAACAGAGUUGCGUUCGUUCUUGGGCUUAGCUCACUACUAUAGGAACAUAGGUGCUGUGUUGCAGCAAGACGAUGGCAAUGGGUAUAGGCCCGUAGAGUUCAUACCUGCCACGAUGCCUUCAGAGAAGGUUGCGACAUCUACCUAUGAGAGGGAACUCUACGCUCUCAGGCAAGCAUUAGAACAUUGGAAGCACUACUUGCUUGGGAGGCACUUCAAAGUCUAUUCCGACCACGAAACGUUAAGAUGGUUGAAGACGCAAGCCAAGAUGACACCUAAGCUUACUAGGUGGGCCGCAGAAAUAGACCAGUAUGAUUUCGAGCUCAAGCCAGUCAAAGGGAAGUAUAAUGUGGUUGCGGGCGCUCUGAGUAGGAGAGCUGACUACUUUGGAGCGAUAGUUCACUAUCUGGACAUCGGGAAAGACCUUCAGCAAAAGGUCAGAGAAGCGUACGCACAUGACCCCAUCUAUAGUGACCUUCUUAAGAAAGCAAAGGAGGCCCCUGAGACCGAGCCAGAUUACCGCACUACUGAGGGCCUGCUCUUUGAAAAGACUAAUGUAUUUGACCAAUUGUGCAUUCCCAAUAGUGAAGAGAUCCGCAGUUUGAUCUUAGGAGAAUGUCACGACACAGAGGGUCAUUUCGGUUGGCAGAAGACUCUAGCCAAUCUAAUGCACGCGUACACUUGGCCGGGUAUGAAGAAUGACUGCAUAGAGUAUGUUCAUAGUUGCAAAGUAUGCCAGCGGAAUAAGACCACUACGCGUGCCCCGUUAGGCCUUCUCAUACCCUUACCUAUCCCUGAUCAGCCCGGAGAUUCGGUAUCCAUCGACUUCAUGGACGCGGGCGUCAAGAGUAGACAUGGCCAGAGCCAAGUCAUGGUGAUAGUCGAUAGAUUUAGUAAGUAUGCUAUUUUUGUUCCUUUGCCUUCAGAGGCGCAAACAGAGUUAGUCAUUCAUAAGUUUUUUUAUCAUUGGGUCAGUGAGCACGGGGUCCCAUUGUCCAUAGUCAGUGAUAGAGACACCCAGUUCACGAGUCAGAACUGGCAGGAGUUGAUGAAAGUCUACGGCUCAAGUUGUUAAUGUCAUCUGGCUGUCAUCCAGAGACCAACGGUCAGACUGAACAGAUGAAUAAAAUCCUGCAGCAAGU